GGCUCAUCGAGACUCAACCCUGGGUUGGGCUUGGGUCCACUCAAUCCAACCCAAGCCAUCGCAGCUCCGCUGUUGCAUCCCUCCCAACGCCUACCUAGCUUCGCUUCUCCCGUUCUGCGUAUGUUCUCAUCAAAGCACUUCACACUCACAACUCACCAUCUAUUUCCAUGUCCCUGACCUGAAAUCCCAUCUCGUAACAAUCCCUAAUUAUGAAACUUUCUCGUCCUCGCAAGCCAUUAUCGAAACCCAUCACAAUCUUCCGCGUCAAACCCAAAUAUAUUUGCCACUCCAGAUCCUCCAUAAUUCAAGAUAAUGACGAAAAAUGCCAGGACUUGCACUUCAUAGCCAUCCUCUCAGGCAUUUUACGCGGAAAGAAAAGCUGGACAAUCGCAUUGAACGAUCCAUUCAUUUCAAGCAAUUUAAAGCCUCACCAUAUUGAAAAGCUCCUGAUGCAGUCCCUCGAUGAUUCCAGGUUAGCUUUGAGGUUCUUUAACUUCCUAGGCUUGCACAAGAACUUUAACCACUCAACCAUGUCGUUUUGUAUUCUAAUUCAUGCUCUGGUUAAUGCUAAUUUAUACUGGCCUGCUUCUUCACUCUUGCAAACAUUGCUCUUUCGUGGGUUGGACCCAAGAGAGGUUUUUGAGGUUCUUUUGGAUUCUUUCAAGGAAUGUAGAUUUACUUCCAGUUUGGCUUUUGACCUGUUGAUUCAUUGUUAUGUGCAGAAUAAGAGAGUUUUUGAUGGUGUUAUGAUAUUCAGGUUAAUGAGGAACUCUAAUUUGAUGCCUCAAGUUAGGGUUUUGAGUGCCCUGUUAAAUGGUUUUUUGAGGAUUAGACGAUUUGAUACAGUUCUAGUCUUCUUUGAUGAGAUUUUAAGUAUGAAUAUUAAGCCUGAUAUUUAUGUUCAUACGGCUGUAAUUAGAAGCUUGUGUGAGUUGAAGAAUUUUGUAAAGGCAAAAGAAAUGAUCCAAUGGAUGGAGUCCAGUGGGUGUGAAUUGAGUGUAGUGUUGUAUAAUGUGUUAAUUCAUGGGCUUUGCAAGGGCCAGAGAGUUUGGGAGGCUGUUGAGUUUAAGAAUGCUUUGGUUCAAAAAGGUCUGGAAGCAGAUUUGGUUACUUAUUGUACUAUCAUACUUGGGCUUUGCAAAGUACAAGAGUUUGAAUUUGGCGUGCAGAUAUUGAAUGAAAUGAUUGAGUUGGGAUAUGUACCAAGUGAGGCAGUUGUUUCAGGUUUGGUUGAUGGGCUGAGGAGGAAAGGGCAGAUUGGGGAUGCUUUUCAUUUGGUAAACAAGGUUGGAAGAGUUGGAGUGAUGCCUAAUUUGUUUGUAUACAAUGCAUUGAUCAAUUCUUUAUGUAAAGAUGGAAAAUUUGAUGAAGCAGAGCUGCUAUUUAAGGAAAUGGGACAGAAGGGUUUAUGUGCAAAUGAUAUCACUUAUUCUAUUCUUAUUGAUUCAUUUUGUAAAAGGGGCAAACUGGAUAUUGCAAUUCAAUUUGUUGAUAGAAUGACCAAAGAAGGGAUAAAAGUUACAGUCUAUCCCUACAAUUCCCUGAUAAAUGGUCACUGCAAGUUGGGAAAUUUGAGUGCAGCAAAUUCUUUUUUUGAUGCAAUGCUUGACAAAGGUUUGACACCAACUGUGGUAACAUACACAUCACUGGUAAAUGGAUACUGCAAUAAAGGAGAGUUGCACAAGGCAUUUAGGUUUUACAACGAGAUGCUCAGUAAGGGCAUUGCACCAAAUAGCCAUACCUUUACUGCUAUAAUAUCUGGCCUUUGUCGAGCAAAUAGGAUGGUUGAGGCAAUUAGAUGGUUUGAUGAAAUGAAAGAACAGAACAUCAUGCCAAAUGAGGUCACUUAUAAUGUUAUGAUUGAAGGACAUUGCAAACAAGGAAACACAGAAAAAGCCUUUGAGUUACUUGAUGAAAUGGUAGAGAAGGGCCUUGUUCCAGAUACAUAUACCUAUAGGCCUCUAAUAAGUGGCUUAUGUUCUAUUGGAAGAGUAUCUGAAGCCAAAGAUUUCAUUGAUGAUCUUCACAAAGGGCAGCACAAGUUAAAUGAAUUCUGCUAUGGUGCCCUUCUGCGUGGUUAUUGCAAGGAAGGAAGAUUCUGGGAUGCGUUGAGUGCUUCCCGUGAGAUGAUGGAGAGAGGAAUGGACAUGGAUCUUGUGUGUUUUGCUAUACUUAUAGAUGGAACUAUAAGAGAACAUGAUAUUAGGACAUUGUUUGGCCUUUUGAAAGAGAUGCAUGAUCAAGGUUUAAGACCUGAUACUGUAAUAUAUACAAACAUGAUUGACAGGCAUAUGAAGGCAGGGAAUUUAAAGGAAGCAUUUGGCCUUUGGGAUAUAAUGCUUGAUGAAGGAUGCAUUCCGAAUAUUGUGACUUACACUGCUUUGAUAAAUGGUUUGUGUAAGACAGGAUUCAUGGAUGAGGCUGAGCUUAUUUGUAAGGAAAUAUUGAUUGGAAAUAUCAUUCCGAAUCAAAUCACAUUUGGUAGUUUUCUUGACUGUCUUACCAGGGAAGGGAACAUGGAGAAAGCUAUGCAGCUUCAUAAUGCAUUGCUUAAAGGGUUUCUAGCAAACACUGUUUCACAUAAUAUAAUUAUACGAGGCUUUUGCAAAUUGGGUAUGAUUCAGGAAGCAAUGAGGAUUCUGAAUGAAAUGACAGACAAUGGCAUUUUCCCAGAUCAUAUUACUUAUUCAACAAUUAUCUAUGAGCAUUGUAAAAGGGGUGAUUUGCAGGAAGCUGUCAAAUUGUGGCACACUAUGCUAGACAAGGGUCUUAAACCUGAUGCAGUAGCUUACAAUUUUAUGAUAUAUGGUUGCUGCAUAGCAGGAGAACUAGGAAAAGCUUUUGAAUUGAAGGAUGACAUGAUAAGAAGAGGUAUGAAGCUAAAUCGGGUCGCAUAUAAUGCUCUCACUCAUAGAGCUGACUUGAAGAGUUCAGCUUUAUCUGCUGAUAGGUAGUUAUGCUUGUAAAUGGUUGUUCCAUAGGUGCUAAAUGGGAAACCUUAACAGAGUUCUCAUCGCCUUGAGUUGGUUGAUAUUCUUUUCUGCCACAAGAACGAUAGUUCAGGGUGGUGACAUUGUCCUGGUUUCUGUCUAUGAUAGUCUCUAUUGGCAGGCACUCAGAAAUUCACUGGAAAACAUGUUAAAUAUUAAAAAUAGGCAUUCGGCACCCUGUUAGACAUUUUCACACCUGCAGGAGUUAUAGGUCGGAGGUGUGCCAUCUACAGCAACCUUAUAUGUUUUGAUGGGUGAUGGAAGUUGUUACUGGUCACAAGUGGGGAUAAUUGUAUUUAUGUAAUCUAAUCAACUGGAAUUGACUCCUUCAUGACUCAUUUGCAUCUCUAGUUGCUUCAGAUCCAAACUCUUGUGCAAAAGGUUGUUGAUUCUAAGUUACCUGGCAUCUGCCUCUGAAUUGCAUGAUUUUGUCAUUACUAUCUGAGGACCAACUGAAGUUGUAUCCAUAUUAAAAUCUGGUUUUCCUGAAGUUGUUUCGGCUACACAUCGUGUCUUCCUGUUUGAAAUGAAUGUUAUUUGUUAGCUGAAGGUGUCAGAUGACUGCCUCUCUCCAACAAUUUUUUGCUAUCUCUUGGAAUUUGUGUGCGAUUCAGAAUGUUGAGCUGGCUGCAAUGCAGAUGAAUAUAAGGAAUAUUUGGACAGAAAGCCAGGUUGGAGAUUCAUCCAGUCAUUGGUUGAAAAAUACUAGAUUGCAUUACACAACAUGCUGACUAGAAUAGUAAAGGGAAGUUGUAUAAAGUCAAGUAAGUUGAUGGAAGGUAAGGUAUGAAAACCUCUCAAACCAACAAUUUGGUGGGUUUAAAAAGUGAGGUUUUUGGAGCUUUUGACCUUACCUCUAAAACCUUCCUCCCAAAUAAGAGCAUUACUUGAGAGACCUCCUACUUUACAUCUAAAGCCUUCCUCCCUAACAUAGUGUUAGUAGUGUUGCUAAACUUACCUCGUACUGCUACUUAUUUGUGGAAUUUAUUUCAAAAAGAACUGAUGAUGACUAAUUUAUUUGUUUCUCUGUCCUGUUUACCCUGAUUUUGGUUGUGAUUCUUGAAAUUGCUGGACUUCAUGGUGUUUCUGCUUGAUCUUAAGUUCGUGUGUAUGGUUAAAAUAAUUGCUCCUUAAGUUUUUUUUUUCCUAGUCGAAGCAUGUUCCUUAAGUUUGAAGCGUUAUCAUGUGUUUUUACAGGAUGACAAAUGAUGUAGUGCAGACGUGCUCAUUGAGAGGCUCAGACUUGGGCUUUGAAGUCCCAAAGGAAUAUCGUCAGUGUCUGGUCUCUUUCAUAUGCUUCUUUGCUAGGUUUUUAUCUGAACUUUGUGAUUCCACAGAUACAGAUAAGUGCAUGUUGGCAUUCCUGAGGAAGCAAUGAAGCAUUUAGCCAGGAAAUUGAAAUAUUUAUGCCUUUGUUUGGUAAAAGAAAAAAAAAGAAUAAUAAAAAUGGAAAACUUUGUUUGCAGAGAGGCAGACAAGUCUGAAUUGUGCGAGUGUUGGAAGUUUCUUGGAUUGCCUACUGCAUUUUGCAGGGAUUGAGAUAGCACAAACUCUUGUGAGGAGAUUUUCUUCCAGCAAUGGCAUCAAACAGAAAAGAUCCAACAUUUACUCAACAACAUCAUGUAACGUUACUAAACUUCCCAGAAACUAAUCAACCAGCUAGACUGACGAAAUGGAUCUUGAUCUGUCAGCAACCGAGCUACAGGUCAAACAAACACUGCCGAACUAGCAAAAGAUGACGGGGCAGGUCAAACUCUGCUGCCUAGCAACUCUCGAGUCCAAUAUUGGCAGAUCAAUCUAGAUACAGAAGCUGGUCCAUGAAAUUUCAUUUGUUAAAUGAGAAAUGAAGAUAUCACGAUAGAUUAAUGGAACUCGCUAUUAUGAGUUAUUUAAUAUAUAUAUUUUUGGAUAA